GUUUGACCUUUCGUGGCAGAACGUUGACUGUGCAGCGUCCUGUGCAGCGCUGUAAAAUCCCCGGAAGGUCCUUCGGUGGGCAAACAAUGGAGCUCGGAGCUACUGGCAGCCCCAGACAGGGGCUUCAGCCUCAAAAUGGGAGUACCAGAAGAAUGGCACAUUUCCGGAUCUAGAGGCCAGGAACAAAUCGCUCCAAGAUCGGUUGGCAGAAGCAGCUCAAACGCCAAAGCUGCAAGUAUUCGAAAGGGGAGCGGGCCAGAAAAGGAGAAGAUCGACCUUGAGGAAUUGUCAGCAUCAAUUAGGGGCCCCUCUGCUAUUGAUGGAGCAGACGGCGCAUUUGAAAUUGAGGGCGUCUGGCGGAUCAAGGUCCCAGGCUCCCAAUGGGAAUGGCACAAGAACUCAGCCUUGCUGGACCUCGAGCGGAGGAACCAAGCCCUGAAGCGCCAGCUGGACGCUGCGGAGCUGGCUUCGCUAGAGCAGAAGGCCCUGGCAGAGCGUGAGCAGCAAUUGGUCCCGGGAGCUACUGCAGAGGGAGGCGCAGAAUAAUUCCUUGCUGUGCAAGGCCUCUGUCCUUAAGCAGAGGCUCUUAGACCGGGCCCAGGCAGCAGUGGAUGCGCAGGUUAUGCUGAACGCAUUGGGGGGUGGAGGGAGACAGCUAGAGCAGCGAGAAAAGGAAGCUGUUGGGGAAGUUGUUGGUGAUAUGGAGAAGGGAGGAGCUGCGAAAGGGGCUGAAAGCAGGAAAACAUGGCAGGCCCGGGAUCGAGGACUUAUGUUGUGGGGCUGGUGCGAGUUGGUCGAGCGGAAGCGCGUACUGCGGGCUUGUUGCCGGGAGAUUCAGAAGAAGAGGGCGGCUCAAAUUCAGAGGUGGGGUUGGGUUGCCUUUGCGAAACGGUCAGAGCAUUCAAGGACAGAAUGUUCCUGAGGAGAAAGCAGACGCUGCUGAGAGCGUGGAGUAGCUUGUGUGUCGGAAGGAAGCGGCACCGCGCUUUCGUCAGCAGGGGGUUGCAGCGGGUCCGGCGCAGUGCUUUGAGGAGGGCGUUUGUGGAGUGGAAGUCGAUGACAAAUGAGGGCGUUCGUCUUCAGCUCGAGGACUCCUCCGAUCGCUUCUCCAAGCGGAUGCACGAGUUGCAAGCCAACCUGUCUGCUGCCGAGACGGCGCAGAGCACGAGGCUCUGUCCUGGCUGGAGGAGUACCAGGCGGAGAGGCGCACACUGCUCGCGUCAGCAGAUCUUGCGAGCGCGCGAUUUCCUGUUCCCGGAGCAGUGGGAUGCUGGACGAAUAUUAAGCCUGGACGGAGGAGAUGUCAGAAUCGUCGGAAGCCCCACUGGCGCGCAACGACCAUUGCGCGUGCGCCAUCCCCGGGCGGCGGAUGCAGCCCGUCUUUGGGGGCUUCGAUGGGAGCGAGGAGCUGGCGGACUUACACGUCUUGAAUGUGAGCGACGACGGAGGCACUUUCCACUGGUCACAGCCCGACCUCGGCAUGGGCGCUCGCCCCGGCCCCCUCUCCCACGCCUCCUGCUGCCUGCUGCCCUCCGGCCGCGACGUGGCCCUUUUUGGCGGGUACCGUUCCGGUUCCGGCCUGCUGAACGAGCUGAAUUGGGUGGGUGGGUGGGUGCUGAAUUGGGUGGGUGGGUGGGUGGGUGGGUGCUGAAUUGGACCGCUGGGAGUGGAGCCAGCCGGUGGUGGCCGGGGAUCCCCCCCGGGCACGGAGGGUCCACGUGA